CGUGCGUAAUGAUAUAACCUUACUGAAAAGGGUCAGGGAGCUGCCUGGGUAAUAAUGGCUGUAUGUGUAUAAAGGAGUGAUUAAAAAGAGCCUAAAAGACGAUAACAGGCUUAAGGGAAGAAGUUACCCAAGGUUGCCGGCCACAAUGAGCAUUUUCCAAGACCUGAAACCCCCCUCCUUCAGCAGUUGAUAACCUGAUGAAUGGGUGGGAAAUGACGGACAGUGUCAGAACCUUCCUCCAUGAUGCUGCGAUGGGGAUUAAGGACUCCAUUUUGGGAAUCAGGACCGUCUCCAAACUGGACGCCCGCAUCCAACAGAAGAGGGAGGAGCAGAGGCGGAGGCGGGCCGGGGGGGUGCUGGCACAGAGGCGGGCGCAGAGUGAGGAGCGCAAAGUGGAGAGCGAGUCCAGGCUGGUAAGCAGGAUCUUCCAGUGCUGUGCAUGGAACGGCGGUGUGUUCUGGCUCAGUCUCUUUCUGUUCUACCGGGUGUUUAUUCCACUGCUCCAGACCCUAACGGCGAGGGUUAUUGGUGAUCCUUCCCUCCAUGGCGAUGUGUGGGCGUGGCUGGAGUUCAUUUUGACAUCUGUGUUCGGAGCACUCUGGGUGCUGCCACUCUUUGUGCUCAGUAAGAUCGUCAAUGCCAUCUGGUUCCAGGAUAUCGCUGACCUGGCAUUUGAGGUGUCGGGGUGCAAGGCCCAGCCCUUCCCCAGCGUCAGCAAGAUCAUUGCGGACAUGCUCUUCAACCUGCUGCUGCAGGCUCUCUUCCUCAUUCAGGGUUUGGUUGUCAGUCUCUUUCCCAUCGAUGCCAUCGGGCAGCUUGUCAGCCUCCUGCACAUGUCCCUGCUCUACUCCCUUUACUGCUUUGAGUACCGCUGGUUUAACCACGGCAUAGAGAUGCACCAGCGCCUGUCCAACAUCGAGAGGAACUGGCCCUACUACUUUGGUUUCGGCCUUCCCAUGGCCCUGCUGACCUCGCUUCCAUCGUCCUACAUCAUCAGUGGCUGCCUCUUCUCCAUUCUGUUCCCACUCUUCAUCAUCAGUGCCAACGAGGCCAAGACUCCAGUAAAACCUUACCAUUUCCAGCUGCGUCUCUUCUCGCUGGUGGUUCUCCUCAGUAACCAGCUGUUCCACAAGACAGUGCACCUGCAGUCCUCCCUAACGUCCUCCACCUCGUCUGAGAGACUGCCCUCCCCCCAUGCCUCCCCAGCUCACUAGCACCCCCUGCCUGUGCAGUGAGCUUCACCACAUCAGUGCACACAUCAGCAGGGAAUCGGGGCCAGGGUCCUGGAACUGGAAUCUUAAUUGCCAUGUGGAUCCUUUAGGGGUUUGGGUGGGGAGGGGUUUAUUACAUGACGGUUUCAUGAUGCCCUUUUCAGUACUGUUAAAUGAACUGAUGAGUCUUAUUUUUAAUGUGAAUGAUGUGAAAGUGUUGGAUUGGAUUGCCAUGUGCCUCAGACCUAGAUGUUUUUACUUUUACUUUUUUUGGCUUCUCGGAUAUUUGUGUGAAGUUUUCAUGCUGAUUAUGUGCCAUUUUUUUCUGCGGUUUGGAUGUCAUUUUCAAUCACAGACACACAUAUGCAUUAAGACCUUUUUGGUCCAUAGUCAGUGCUCAUGCAAAGUAAGCAUCAGGUGCAAAAUAUAAGAAUAAGAACACUGAAUGAACAAACAGAAUGAACUCAAACCAAGGCAACGAUCAGAUGUUAUACAGUCUGGCUGGCGUCACAAUAUCCUUUCAUGCCUGCCAUGGCUGUUCCAUAGGACUGUUUCCAUAAGAUGGGCAUGGUCACCAGAUCGGCAGGUUUCCUUCACGGAGAGGUGCAUCCAAGCCAGUGUUUCUGAACCUGUUUUCCAAAGCCGCACUUCACUUCAUGGCCAGUGUCUCUUACAUGGGCACCACCUGUUCCCUACCUCUUACAGCCCAGCUCUAUAAAUCUCAUAUCACAGCAAAAACAUUACUGUUUGUGUUUCAAGAAAUGUCUCUAACCAAGUCUGAUUCUAUGAACUAGGCAGACAUUUUGCCCCCUCUGUAAAUUUCCAAAGUCAAAUGGCACUUUUUUUUUAACCUGCAAGCUUCUUUAUGAAUAUAGGGAAUAAUCCACUGAAGUGGACCUACAAUUUUAGAGGGUGAACUUGACUUUGUGUAAGAAAACAAAAGGAAGAAGUUUUUUGAACUGAGUUUUGGGAGAGAUGUGUUUUUGUAUGUUUAGCCCCGGUGGUCUGAUCUGUAUGUACCUGAAAAAAUAUGUCAACAGAAUCGUGUCUUGUUGAUGGCCUGUUGCUAUUCUCUUCACAGAGACUGUCCCACUGUGUUUAUUGGCCCAGGCAUGUCAUAUGAGGCCUCCUUUAUCAGAGGAGGUUGCCAUGGAAAGAGAAAGGCAACACCCUCACAUGUUUACAGCUUUCCUUUUAACAGGCAAUACAGUUCAGCAUUUAAGCUGUAUGUAUAUGCAUAUGUGUAUGUAUAUGUCUCAUUAGAAUGUAUUCCACCCAGGAAGGAGAUGAAUGUGUAUUAUAUUUUUAUUUUUUUGCAAUUCAAUCAUCAUACUUCCGUAUGAAGGCAUGCAUCAGUUGCCUUCUGGCCCUGUGUAUGCCCUGAUGGCUUUACAUGUCGCCAUGUUGGUGACCCAACAUCCCAUAUUCAUCCUUAGCUGCAUUACUGUGUGUAUAUACUGGAUAUUACCAAAGUUCUGAAGCCUUUUUUAGCAUAAUCUGAAGGGCGAUCACUAGAGUAGUGAAGAACAAUUAGGUUGUAGAUGAAGUCAGUUGUUUCUUGGUACUGGAAGAAAAGAAGAAGAAAAGUCUAGACACUUGCAGAUUGCUUGCUCAGCUUCCUGUAUGGAUCGACCAUACACUGAAAUGCACCGUAGAAUAUUGGAACUACCAUCAUGACAGAUUCCUCCAGGCUCCAGUCUAUCAUAAUUAGACUUGUUUCAAGGCCAUGACUGACAGACUUGCAAGUACUGCAUUCUUCAUUCAAAGAUGGUACAUAACUGGACAUCUCUGUAUUAGCCCCAUUUUAAAUGCUUACAGGAAAUGUGUUUGCGUGUUGCUCAUAAGCCACACGUGGUUUGUGAACAUUUCUCUUAAGUCCUGACUGAAUCACCCUUGAUAUCGGAUCUUAAUAACAAGAAUUUAAUGAUGUAAGGAAAGCAUAUGGUAUGCAACUUAAUUAUUGUGAGGUUUGUAAAAGCAUUCUGC